GGGUACAAGGUAACGAGCGAAUGAUUGGGGUAUGCGUGAUGAGCUUCAGACAACAACCCUCACUUUCUCUUUCUCUCUCUUAAAACCUACUAUCACUCCUCUCUUGUAAUAGGUAGCAAGGAACUUCAACCAAAAAAGAAAGAUGAGUGAUCCUGAGGGAAACACAAACGGUGAUGAAGAUCCUGAAACUUCUACCGUCGUCGAGAAAGCUAAGGAAUGUGAGAACGAGGAUUGGCCACCCGAAGACGAGGACGAAGUAGAGAAAGAAAGAUCGGAAGAAAGGAAAAGGGCGGAGGACUGGAAAAAAACAGUUGGUGGAAGUCGAGAUUUUUAUUAUUUUAUGCUUAGAGCUUCUAUGAUCCGCGCGGAAAUUAGAGCGGAGGGCCUUUUGGGAUGUUGCCUUAGGCGCAACCUACUCUGUCUGGAAUGGAGCGAGACUUAUACUGCACUUAUGGUGGACUAUUUUAACUUCAUUUUUCCACGCAUUAGUGUGCAAAUAGCUGCGAUUGAGGAGUCCCUGAUUUUUUUCUAUGGAAAAAAGGAAUCCCCGAACAAAUCUGUUGCACAAAUUGAUAAGGAUAUCCUUGAGGCAAACCUUCAUUGCCUUGAGCGCCUAAUGAUGUUACUUGGUGGCAAAACAUUGAGAGAUGUUAUUAAUAGAAUGAAAGUUGUCUUCCAAAACAAUGACAUCAAACUGUUAAGAGAUGCUACACAGCAGGCGAGAAAUGUUUCAGACAAGCUGUUUAAGCUACUUCAGGCUUAUUUUAAGCUUGGAGUCAAUUUGGGGCUACCGGAGGCUAAAUCUAUCGUGGUUUUCUCUGUUUCUGUCGAGCGUUUUAAGAACUCAGCUGAUAUGACUGCUAUGAAAGCAUAUGAAGUAUUGCAAAAAUUCGAUAAGAUGGCUUCUGGUGGUAUUGAAACUUCAUCAAAUCGUGAGACUCUAACACUGCUUGAUAGACUUUUCAAGAACAAGCCACCAUCUGAUCCAGUGAGCGAUGAAGUGACUAGAGCAUGUGACUUUAUUGAUGGAUGUACCGAAGAACAGAUAUCUGCUUUUUAUAAAAAGGAAUGGGAGAGCAAAGCUGGUUUUGGGGCAUGGUUUGCAAAGAAGGAGUUGGGAGGAUAGCAUAGUUCUAUAAUCAUCAAACUUGAGAGUUUAACUACUACUGUGAUGAUGAUUUGAUUAGGAAGAUUUAUUUAGGUCAAGUAUUACGUUAGUUCGUAGAACCAUUUUCAAAUUUUUUUUGCUGGUAUUGAUGGACCAGCUUGCCUAAAUAGAGUGAUGCUAAAUCUUGCGAAUUUUUGGAAUACUCUCUUUUUCUUAAUGAUCGGAAUUGGCUAAUUUUUUCACCUCAAAAAUAGGACCACCGUCUGAACUACGGUGUUAGUUAUAAAGUUUAAUUUUCUCAUUUCUUUCCGGAUUAAUUAGAUAUUAUUGUUGCGCUUACCCUAUAAAAUGUUAGUGUUGAAAUUCUAUUA